AUAAAACAUCCCAACCCAAGACAACAGCAAUUAAAUGGAAGCUUUAAAAUGAGUGGAUAUACAUGAUGAAAUGCUAAUUCUGGUGGUUAUCUUGUGCAUAAAGGUCUGAAUUACGAAUGGAUGAGGAAGUCUAAAUGCCAAACUCUCCUGGGCAGGUUCACCUACUACAUGCCAAAGACUGUCACGGUUACUUGCGCGUUGAAUAGCUGCAGAUCCUCACAGGUGACAGAAAGCCUCUCCUGUGCUUCUGCCUCACUUUCCUUGCGCUCUACUGCCAUCCAGCGGCAGCCAUAAGUAUUUCUUGUAGAUAUGCGUGCCAUACAUUUACUGUGUUCGACCUUUUUCUUCUUAUGCGAAUAUGACUCGAGGCACUCCAUGGUAAGAAGCUGAAUAUCUGCAGCGCCCACUACUAGAAACAAUGACUGAAAUCCUGCUGUUCAUCUCAGCCACGAUUCCUAGCAAUGUGCACUGCAGGUCAGAAACGGCAGGCACAUUUACAAAUGAAUGGAAAAUACUUGGACAUGACAACGACAAGACCGUGAUUCUGGACAAAUACAAAGGACUGUGGAUGGAGUGCUCAGUAGACAGUUCGUCUACUGUGCACUGCACAAGUUACAAUUCUCUCCUUCAUCAAACCUUUGAAAUCCAGGUGGGCCGAGCAAUAAUGAUCGUCAGCAUCGUCUUUUCAAGCCUUGCAGCGCUGGUGGCCAUUUCUGGUCUCAAGUGCACAAGAUGUAUAGAAGAGAACGAGAAGUUGAAGGAUAGAGCUGCCUUCUUAGGGGGAAUCCUUUCUGUGUGUGGUGGUCUGUUUGCAUUGGGCAUAACCAGCUGGUUUAUAUAUGGAAUUGUAGAUUAUUUCUUUCAGAAUGACACAGCGACGGAGAGGUAUGUGGUCGGCAGAUCUCUGAUUGGUGCAUUUGUUGCAUCUGUGCUAUGUUUAUUCGGAGGCCUUCUCUUAUGCGCCUGCAGCGUGACGCAUCUACAAUCCAACAGAAUUCUCAGCAAGCAUCCGGUCUCCGUGAAUCCUGGACAAGACUAUGUUUAAUGAUCCUGAGACCAUCUGAAUACCUAAACUUCAUCUGAACUAUUGUUAACUGCUGUGUAUUCGCAUCUAUUAUUCUUACAUUUACUAACUCACAUCAACGUGUUGGUAUGAUUUAAUAGCUUCUGAUGUAUGUUUAGAUGUGUGGCACGGGUGCCACAUUGAACUUAGACCUGUGAAUCAAUUUAGCUGCUAGAAAAGGAGAAGGCUGGGAUUGCUUAACUAACAGUUCUGCGUUGACCACAGAGGAAGGGGGCGUUAUAUCCCAGUAAUAGUGUUAUUGUAGUAAUUGUGGGGAUGUUUAUAAUAUUUUAAGGUAUUUUUUAAAG